CACUUCUACAAUAUAACUAGCACUACAAUUUAGCGAUGAAUGAAGACGAUCCACUGUCUCCCAUGAUAAAGAGCAGCGUGAGCUCCAUUAAGAAAGAAAUAGGGGUGGAGGUUCCGAGUCAUGCGCAGCGCAUCUUACGCAAACUCAAUGAGAUGCGCGCUAACUGCUAUCUUUGUGACACAGAACUCAUCUGCAAAGACCAAUCGUUCUACGUGCACAGAUCAGUACUGAGCGGAGGCAGUGCCUACUUCUCAGCUUACUUUGACAGAUGGUUCCCCAACGCUGAUGAGAAAAAGGUGGAACUUCAAAGUGUGGACCCCUCAGCUCUGUCAGUCCUGCUCGACUUCCUCUACUCAGGAGUCCUGAACAUCAACACCAGCAACAUGUUCGAUAUAUUCGUAGCUGCCGAUACCUUGCAGGUAGAAGAAGCGCGCCACGUGUGUAUAACAAAGUUACACGUGCAUCUCAACCCUGACAGCUGUGUUGAUAUGCUCAACUUUGCCAUGCACUUCUUCCUUCAUCCCCUGGCUGAAGCUGCUAUCAAUCUUAUCGCCACUGAACCAUUAGUAUACAACACAGAGUCCAGGAACACGAGUCUGACAGACGGCUCGUGGGCGGAGAUACAGACCUGGAUCAGGAGAAACAGGAUGGUGGUUAACCCUUACAAUGUUACUUACAACUUACUACAGAUACGUCCCGGAUCAUCCACCAAACUUAGAGAGAUCUUCUGUGGCAUGAUAGAUGAACGAACAGAGGGGCUGAUGUCCGCCCAGGUGUUACCUACAGCUUUAUCAAUUCUAUCUGCUGCUCGAUCCAACAUUGAGACAAAAGGAGAGGUCACCAGCAACGAACCGACCUGUAGCUCCUCAAGUACAGAUCAUACUGAGACCUCCUCACUGGAGGACCUGGCCAGCAGAGCACAUAUCAUGAUACACUCACUUCCUGCUGACUCAGACCAGACACAAGACCCACACAGAGGGUCCAGUAAAACUGAGGUACCAGAGAAUGUGACUACAUCUCUGCAACCAGGUGUAAUUACUCCAGUGCCAACCCCCUCCUCCACUGAUAUCUGGUCUGAAGGAGCAGCUGGGGCUUCAGGGGCAGCUACAGGACCAGCAGCCCCACCAUACCGAGCCAGUCGACUGUGGACUAUCUCGUGUAACCACCCCGGUGGUUACUAUAGGAGACUGGACCAGGACCAGAGGGUGGUGAAGAAGCGCCGGGUGGUGGUUGAAGACACCAAACCACGGUGGGUAACCAAGAUAGUUCUGUUAGGAGGCUGCAACAGCACCACCUCCACCGUGCACACUAUAUUCCACAACAUCCAGCCCUUCAGCGUGGUGACAGGGGUGACAGUUGUCCGGGACAACUUGUCACAUGACAUCCUCCCUGAAGGGAAGAACAACGACGCUGAGUGGGAAGAGUGUGGGAGUUUGUCACAGCUGUGUUACGGGUGCGCUGCUACAACUGCUGGGACUAAAGCUUAUGUUUUUGGUGGGAAGGACGCUAAUAGCCAAUAUUUGGCUGAGUUCCAAGAGUUUGACAUGUCUACCAAUACCAGCAAGAGACUCGCUAAAGGACCACAACCUAAAGAAGAUGCUGUCGCUGUGAGAAUAGGCGAGGAUAUUUACAUAGUCGGAGGACGAAACAGCACAGUGCAACACAGUCAGUACAAAGUAGACAAAUACAACAUCCCCUCUGGGAAGUGGGAGUCGGUAUCACCAUGUUUCAAGAUAGGUUAUCAGGGUGCUGCUGCUGCUUGUAAUGGCUUGCUCUAUACUUUCUGUGGACAGCGGCCGCACGGCAAGGCAACAGACACAGUGAUGUGUUACAUGCCGCACAGCGACUCUUGGUCCCCACAACCGAAUGCCCCCACCACUAUGAACUCCUGCCAAGCUGCCACACUUCAGAGGAAGAUUUUCCUCCUCGCAACUGAAUACAAGAACCUGAUUCUGUACCAUUUCCAACCGGACCAACAACUAUGGACCAAGAUCAACAAAUGUGAGCCAUCUAUUAACGAACCCCAGAAUUUUUUCAUAAUGAACAGCGCAGUAGUAGCACACGAGGGGCAUCUCUACGUUCUCCUAUUCAUGUGCGAGGAUGUGGUGCGGGUUAUUCGGGUGCAACGCUUCAACAUCGGAACAGGCGAGUGGGAGAUAGUCUCAACCAAACCUGUUCCUGUACAAAACAGUGGUGUCGUGUUGAACAGCUUCAUAACUAAUAUCAAGCCUCUCUGUUGAAGAUCUGUGCUUGGAUGUUUGCGGAGUAGUAGUACGAGAUUUUGGGUGGUUCAUUCUCUAAACAUGACUACGGGCUAUGCUGAAAUCGAUUUUAUGAAGUUCUUAUCUUCUUGUAGGGCAUUUUUAUUUGCAUGAAUUUGUAAUUAUUUAUAUCUAAAUAAAGUGGCUUUUUUCGACUGAUUUUCUUUCACGAAGUUUUUAAAAGAUCUAUGUAAAAUGAAUACAGGGAUAUAUUAUAUUAUAUAAUAGUAUGAGCUGAACAUGACAAAAAAUGUUGCUUUAUUUUAUAG